CGUCGUAAAAUUUUCGUUGAAUGUUUACAUCAUGGCGGCCAACAUGACUGGAGACGGCAAAGAUGACGGAGCUGACGAAUCCAAACUUCAGGUCCACGAAACUUUCACGGAACUGGAAGAAGUCAAAGAGUUGAUAAGAGGUUUAGAAAACAUAUACGAGGAUUUUAUUGAGAUGGAAAGGUCGGCAGAACGUUUUCGAUUUAUCAUAGAUGAUUAUCAAGAGCAACCACACUUGAUUGAUCCAUAUCUUGAGGAGCUGAUGCUAAUGCUGCUGAACAUUGCCAAACAGCCCAAAGCACCACGGCCCUUGACUCGACAAGCUUUCAGCUACCUCUACCUCAUCACAAAGAUGCGGGGCUUCAAGCAGGUCGUGCGACUGUUGCCACACGAAGUGUCUGACAUGGAGCCGUUGCUGUCUUUGAUUGAAUCGCAAAACCCAACGGAUUAUGAGCUGUGGGAGACGCGCUAUAUGCUGCUGCUGUGGCUGUCCAUCGUCUGCAUGAUUCCGUUCGACCUGAAGCGUCUCGACAGCAACCUCCAGCAGGGGGACGGCUCGGUCAAGAUGAGGACCAUGGACCGCAUCAUGGCCAUUGGAAAGAUGUACCUGUCUGUGAACGACAAAGUACGCGAUGCCGCUGCCUAUUUGGUCUCUCGGUUCCUCACAAGACUUGACGUGAAGCAAGAGCUGUUACCGUCCAUUCUAGACUGGAUGAUGAAGAUCUUAAAGGAUGCUGACCACCAGACGGUGCUAGGCUGUAACCAGCUGUGUGGGGUUCUGGCCACCUCCGCGCUGCUCUUCAAACACGGGAAGCGAGAAGAUCUGCUGCAGUACGCACCGAUUGUCCUGCAGGUGGCGUUGGAGGCCAAGUUGGAGCUGUGCGACAGUUGUGUGGUGCGCAAGAUGAUGGGGAAGCUCAUCCACCGGUUGGGUCUGACCUUCCUCAAGUCUCGUGUGGCGGCCUGGAGGUACCAGCGUGGAAGUCGGUCACUGGCUGCCAAUCUGGGUGGGGGCGUGGUCAAGUCCACGGAGGGAGGCAGCAGUGACGUCAUUCAGGGUCCGGAGGAAGAAGACGAGGAUGACGAUGUGCCAGAGGAGAUAGAGGAAGUCAUUGAACACCUCCUGGUUUACCUGAAAGAUAAAGAGACAAUUGUGCGAUGGACAGCUGCAAAAGGAAUCGGUCGCGUGACGGGCCGGCUGCCCCAGGAACUAGCUGACGACGUGGUGGGCUCUGUGCUGGAGCUGUUUAGCUCUCAGGAGACCAACGGGGCCUGGCAUGGAGGUUGCCUGGCCUUGGCAGAACUUGGCAGGAGAGGUCUGCUGUUGCCGGGACGACUCAAAGAUGUUGUACCAGUGAUCAUGAAGGCCCUGGCGUACGAUGAACGUCGCGGUAACUUCUCCGUGGGUGCCCAUGUGAGAGAUGCCGCCUGCUACGUGUGCUGGGCUUUUGCCAGAGCUUAUGAACCUAAGGAAAUCCUGCCCUAUGUCAACCAGAUCGCCAGUUGUCUUAUCAUAGCGUCCGUGUUUGACCGAGAGGUCAACGUGAGGCGAGCGGCAGCGGCAGCCUUCCAGGAGAACGUGGGCAGACAGGGAACGUUCCCUCAUGGUAUAGACAUUUUGACCACUGUGGACUAUUUUGCCGUGGGCAACAGAGUACGGUGCUUUACAGAGCUCAGUGUGUUCAUCGCCAACUUCCCCGAGUACACGCAAGCUGUGAUAGAUCACCUGGCAGAGGUCAAGUUGGCACACUGGGACAGUGCUAUCCGUGAGCUGUCGGCCCAAGCUCUCCACAACCUGACCCCGUGCUCCCCCGACUACAUGGCCGCCACAGUAUUACCCAAGCUCCUCCCCCUCACAUCUGGACUGGACUUGUUUCAACGGCACGGGGCCAUCUUGGCAGUCGCUGAAAUUCUGCACGCUCUGUACCCCAUUUCACAAGCAAGGAAAAAGUCUUUAGUGGAUUUGUUGGAUGAGAACUCUCUAGAGGAGGUGCAGUCUGUCUCGAAAAAGCUUCAAGAUGCCAAAAUGUUCAAAAGACACGGGGGAGAGUACAUGCGUACCGCAGUUUGCUGCUUGAUAGAGAAGUGUUCCUUGUCCAAGCUGCCCUUUCACAACAAACCAGUGAUAGAGCUGUGGCAGUCGGUGAUUGACGAGUGUCUCACGCACAUUGAGCCGGAGAUUCAGGCAGCCGCUGUUGCAGCCAUCCCGUCUUUCUUCUCGGAGUAUUUCACCAGACCCGACGGCUCCGUGCUCCAGGACAAGCAAGAAUCUAUUUUAUCUCACUAUUUGCAAGAGCUCAAGUCUUCCAAUGAACCGACAAGACAAGGUCACAGUCUUGCCCUGGGUGCUUUGCCUCGUGCCAUGCUUCAAGGUCAGCUGUCAAGGGUCAUGGCCGGACUCAUUGCUGUGUCAGAGGUCACGCAGAAAGAGGAAAAAAUGGCUGAAGCGAGGAGAGACGCUGUCAAGGCGUUGUCUGGCAUUUGUGAGACGGUGGGUGUGGCCAAUGAUGGGAAGGCGGACAGCGUCCUGUGCUCAGCCAACGUGGCCACAGUCUACUCGGCGCUGCUUCAGGCCAUCAAGGACUACACGCUAGACAGUCGCGGCGACAUCGGGGCUUGGGUGCGUGAGGCAUCGAUGCAGGCGCUGCAUGACGUCACCAGCCUCAUCGUCAGGUCAGACCCCCAGAUGCUGACACCUGAUAUCUGCAAGCGAGUCUUUUGCUCUCUGGUACAGCAAGCCGUAGAGAAGAUUGACAGAACGAGGAGUUUGGCUGGUCAUCUCUUCAGCAAGCUUAUCUAUCACAGUCCCACCGUUCCCCACAUACCUCAGGAGAAAGAAGUCAAAGACGUGUUCCCAGAGGUGCUGGCCAAGGGAACUAACUGGAGUGCUGUGUCGGACACGUACACAAUGUUCUCACGUUUGCUGGCUCUGGACGAGUAUACGUAUAACGUGCUGCUGGGACUGGUCAUCAGUGUUGGGGGACUCACGGAGUCUGUGGUGAAGUUCUCUAGCGCGUCCCUGUUGGAAUACCUCAAGUCGUUGUCGGGGGAUCGCGCGGCGUUAGAACGCUUCAUGGGUGUGUACCUGGCCGUCUGUCGGGAUCAUCACCGAGACGACAGGGUGUCGCUGCCAGCCAUGAAGGCUCUGGACCACAUGCUGUGCUGGGGGGUUCUGGAUACGCUGGCCUCAGACAAAAGUGACUCUAUACCAGACCAGCUGGUUAGUCAUAUCCGGAGUGAGGUGACCAAGUGUGGGAAUCCGCAGAAAAUCAUGGCAGCUGCUGAUGUUUACUGCGGCCUGCUACAGUUUGAGGGUAGCCCUCGCUCCAAGUGCCUCACACAACUCAUGAUUCUGCUCUGUCAUAAAUACCCACGGGUGAGGAAGACGACAGCAGACAAAGUGUACGAGGCUCUUCUCACUUAUGAUGAGGUGGUGCCCGAAGAGCAGGUGUCUGAUGUCAUGUCUGUCCUUAGUGAGACUAGCUGCAAAGCUAACGGUGUCAUGAGUCGUGUAUGUGUCCACUACGGAGAACUUCACCUCUACCCUGCUCUUUGAGACGCGAUGCUGAGACGUUGAGGCUACUCUCGUUUUCAACAUCAACUGACCCAUUCAGCAAAGUCAAAAUGUUCCAAGUUGUGUGCUCUUUGAAUCAUUUGAUUGUAUUUGUGUUUAGCUGAGAAAGCUAUUUCGGAGAUGGCAGGUGGUUGAAAUGUAGUGUGUGUGUUGUGAAGGAAAACAAGGCCAUUUUUUCUACCUUUUUUCCUGUCGUAAUAGGGAACUGGUGGGUGUAUCCAGAGGCCAGUUGUGGAAGAAAAUGAUCUCAACUUUUGGAAAAGUUUUCACUUUUAAAUGUUUUAUUUCAAACUGAGUAUUCGGAGAAAUGCAUCAAUGCGGGACUUGCCAGAAGGUCUUGAAUAUACUGAGGAGUCUAAGAAAGCUUCUCACUACGAGUACUUAAUUUCUGAAUUUGCUUCGUCAUACGUUUGUCUUGCAUCCAUAAGCUGCCUGCCUCUUUGUACCUAGUCAAAAAGUUUGGUUGAUGAACUCAUCGUACAAAUGGCACCAUCUGCACCCAAAAACAGUUGGGUUUUUUUUAAAAGAUGUUUCGUUUCAGCAGUAUGGGCAAAAGCCAAAGACGUACAAUUGAGUGGCAUAAAUAUUUUCUGCUACUGGAAUUGAAUUCCAUUUAGAUGUGGGAUUUUUUCAGGGCCAAGUUUGAUGUGGAUUAGCUGGCGCUAAUUGACAGAAAUCUCUUUUUCCUUUCAAAGUCUGAUGCUUGGAUAGGAGGAGGAGUGUGUUGGUUUUAAAGUAGACUCUGUACAACUUUGGACUUUGACAGUUUGCUACAUGAGAGCGUCAGUUUUCUGCUCAGGCUGGAUAGUGACAGUCACCGAGUAGAAAGUGGUACAAGUGACCAGAAGCAUGUUGUGAUAUGGGCAUGUGUGUAUUUUGUGGGCGCCUCUGAUGUAUGUACGUGUUGUAUAUGGAUCUUGUUUUUGAUAAUCCAGGAAUGGUCGCAUGUGCGUUAUAUGUGUGUUUGCUCCAUUGUGUGUAUGUCAGUCUCUGACAAUAUGCAGGUUCAUUAUCUCUUGAAAUGACAAGAGAACAGCUUUUAGCUUUUCAUUUCGUGAUGCAUUCAACAAAUAACAAACGGAGGAUUGUAAGCAAGCUUCUCGCAAAGCACUCUUUUCCCAGCCUUUGAACAAACUAGUUCAAACAUGCGGCUUUUAUCUGUAAGGCUCCAGCAAAGCACUCGCUCAAUCAACAAUUUUCAAUUCUGUAUUGCUCACGGUGUUGUCUACCAGUAUUUUAGCAUUGCGCCUGUUGCCUGUGUUAGCGUUGGUGUGUGGUUUUUAUUCUUCAGGCUGUCAUAGAACAGUUAAGCCUGAUGGGGCUGCUUUAUGAAGCAAGCUGCUUGAUCAGUUCUUGUGAGAGAUGAUGUUUCAUUUAUAAAAAUAAAACCUGGCGCAAAAGAUGUGAGAACUGUCAUUGUUUGUCUGAAGUCUGAAGUGUGUGUUUAUGAAUAGACGUGUGUUAGAAAGUGCAUGACAGGUGUGUACUUAUCCGCACGUUGCGCUUUGUCCAUCUUUUGGCUGUCCAUGUUGUUAUGCUUAUUUUAAAGCAGUCGGAACAAACAAGCUUUUCCCUAUGGAAUAUAAUUUGAAUAAAAAUUUUUCAUCUCUUCAGAAGUUGUCAACAUAGUAUUAUUGCUAUCAUUGUUUUGUUUUUUGUUUGCUCUGAGAUAUAGGGUUUUUUUUACUCUUCAUAGAGGUUUUUUUAAACUCUUCAUACAGGUUUUUUUAGUGCAGACCUGCCAAGUAUUCUGAUUAAAUUGGAAUCCUCCGAUUUUUUGUCCCCCAUCGAAGAAUGUGGAUCGACUUCGCAUAAACUCCAACUUAUUUUACUUAUUCUUGAAUUCCCUUUCCAUCAGUUGUACGCAAAUUAUUGUAAAUGACAUAAAAAUACACAGGCUUAUCUGCGUUCAUUU